AUGAAUGACGAUGAGGAGGCAAACAAACAGCAGGGCUCCGCGAGCAUGGAUGACCUAAGCAAGAAGCGUCAUCACGAAGAGGAGGAAGAUGAAGAAGAGGAGGACGAAGGAGAUUCCUCCAAUAAUGAGGAGGAUGAUGAAGAUGAUUCAGAUGUUGAACGUAGAAAAGCGGAAUACGAGAAAAUGAGGCAAGAAAGAAUCAAUAGAAAUCAGCAAUUAUUAGAAACACUCGGACUGAAACAAACGAUUGCUCUUUCUCUUACACCCACCAAACCUUCCAAUAACAGUCAAGUCUUUGAUGAAAGUGGUGCAGACAUGGCCUCACCGAAAAAGACCAAAAAGCGCAAGAAGGAACCACCUGAAACGAGUAGAACAUCCUCACGAAUUUCAACCAACAAGAGAAAAUCUAGCUACAAGGAACAAGAGGAGAUGGGUGGUAAAAAGCUGGAGGAGGAAAUUCUUGCACUUGUGAUAAAGAGAGCUAAAGGAAGAAUGCAACAAGCCAAAUUCUUAUCGGAGCUUCAUAAACGAUUUCCGAAAGAAAUAAUGAUGGAGAAGCUUGAAAAUUUACCAAAGCCCUCUGCAGAAUCUGUAGAAUACAUCAAUGAGUUUCUAGUACCAAUAUUAUAUAAUGUAACAUAUGAGGAUGACGAAUAUUUAGCAUACUUGUGUGCUGGCCCAGAAAAGGCCGUCAAAAACUUGGUACUUGCUUUUAAUGCUGCUGUAGUCUCGAAUUAUACCAUGAAUUUUUCUCUCCUUAUUUCAGUAUUUACAAAUAUUACAAGCAGAAGCAAGAAAUUAUUAGUUUUGCAAACCAUCGACUUGUACUCUGUUAUUGACAGCACUGACGUCCCAGUCUAUGAAUUUCUGUAUUUAUUGAGAAAUAUUGUGCUUUCAGACACUCCUGGAAAACGAACAAAUGAAUGGUUUUCCAAGAAGAAGAGUCGAGAAACCAUGGCAGGCGUACUAGGCGGUAUUUUAACAAGGUUACAAAACGAAACAGACAGAAAGUCGGAAUGCUACUCCCUAUUUAUUGAAGUGUGUGCAAUUCUUUCUCGUGACAAGCUUACCUCGCAAAUUGUUAAAGAUACCCUCAAAUCAUCUCAACUAAUUUCUGUGUUAGAAAUGCAAAUUAAUGCUCCCACACUUCCUAAAGACGUUCUUACCUCUGUUUAUCUUUGCUCUCAUAUUCCUCUUGCCAAUGACAAAGAAGAAAAGAAAUUAUUGAAGUUGGCCAAACAGAAUAGAAGCCUCUUUCAAGACACCAUUCCAGACAAUCCAUGGAUUGACUUUUCUUUCAUUGAGGAUUUACUAAAUUCUUCCACGAAUAGAUAUGUAGCAUUGGGAGUUUUGGCGUUUGAUGGAUGCUACGAUGUUUUGGAUGCCACUUUUUACACACUCAAAAAUUUACUGACCUCAGAAGAAGUGGCAAAUGCUAUCGAAAACGUGAACGAUACUGAAAUCAAAACCAUUUAUUUGGAUCUAGUUGAGAAAGUUAAACACUACAAAGAAGAGGACGAUGAAGAAGAGGGAGAGGAACCAAAGGAAGAGUCACAAGAGUAG